AUGACCCUGUGCAAAUUCUUUCAGCAGGGAUACUGCAAAAACGGCAAUAACUGCAGGUUCGAGCAUCCGAAUGCAAACAGCAAUCGCUUCUCCGCCUUUGGCGGCGGCGGCGGCGGUGCAUCAAACAACCGCAACACCAAAGACCUACCGUUCAACCUGAGCAAAGAAACGAUACAGGUGGACCUGACCACAGAGAAGCCUCAAUGGAUUCUAUCGUCUUACGGACCCGGCCGGGACGCGCCGGAGCAGCUGUUCGGUGGCUUUCCCCGCGAGCAAAGUUUUGAGGAGGUCCGCUUGGUGUACGAGGAGGGCGUCUUGAUGGGAAACCCCCAGGGCGCGCUUAGCCAGAUCGAAGGCAUCUACCGAGAUGCCGACAACCAGAUUCAGAACGCGCUUCAAAAUCUCGACGGCGCGCUUGAGUACAUAAUAAGUGCUCAAAACAAGAAUCCCAACAGGCUAUCAGUGGUGCAAAACAACACCAAUGGCACGUUUGCUGUUGGUAGACAGCAGCAAACAAGCAACCCGUUCGGAGCACCCAAACCUUUCGGAACUGCGACCGGAGGCACAACGGGAGGUUUUGGACAGCCAUCAGGAGGUUCAACUGGGGGCUUUGGUCAACCAUCAACCCUUGGUCAGACUCCCAGCCCUUUCGGAGCACCAGCUUUCGGGCAACCUGCCAAGCCUGCCGGAGGCUUUGGUCAACCUUCUACUCUUGGCGGCGGUGUGAGCGCGUUCGGUCAGCCUUCGGCUUUGGGAGGGACCCCUAGCGCCUUCGGGCAACCUUCGGCACUGGGAGGGGGCGUUGGCGCCUUUGGUCAAACAUCGGCUUUGGGACAAAAGCCUAGUCCGUUCGGUACCCCAGCCUUUGGGCAAGCCUCGCAGCCCUCUAAUGCUGCCCCAUCUGGAUUUGGUCAGCCGUCCGCCUCUGCGGCACCAGCGUUCGGACAACCAUCACAGCCUGCACCUGCAUUCGGGUCGGCGACGCCUAUGGGUGGCACCUCUGGGUUCGGCCAACCGUCAGCCCUUGGACAGAAACCGAAUCCAUUCGGUGCCCCAUCGACCACGAAUGGGAACGCAUUUGGGUCGAGCAACACAGGCUCAAGCCCGUUCGGACAAACCAGCAAUGCUAGUCCGUUUGCCCAGGCAGCCUCGGCAAAUUCGACACAAAAUGCUUUCGGUCAGCCCUCCAAACUGAACUCUGGUUUUGGCCAGGCCUCAGUUUCACCCUUUGGCCAGGCCCCUUCGAGUGGCCCUUUCGGAGCUCCACCAGCGCAGCCCUCGUCCGCCCCUGAACAAUCGAUGGACAUGUCUGGACCACCAGCAACGCCAGCAGCAAGCUCAGCCCCCUUCGGUCAGCCACCUGCCGCUACAAACAGCAAUCCCUUUGGACAGCCGUCACAGCCAGCGUCCAAUCCAUUCGGACAAGCGCCCGCCGCCAGCAAUCCUUUCGGUGCUGCCCAAUCUGCCGCGGCGAGUGCGCCCGACGGGCCAUCACCCUAUGCCCCCGGAGCCACGCGUCAGCAUCCUCCCGCCUCGACAUAUAUCACCAAGAAUCCAGACGGCACCUUGAACACCUUCAAAGGCAAGAGCGUGUCAUAUGAGACCCCAAAGGCGGGAGCAGCCGAGACAGCACCAUUCCCAGCAAUGCGGAACUUUGAUGGCAGUGUGACGCGGAUAUGGAACCCCAAUGGACCGCCGACGUACUACAGUGACACCGAGGCGGCGCCCGAGGCAUAUGAUGCCGCCACGAGAGCUGCGUGGGAGCCCUUUAUAAACACGGGACGUUUCCACAAUGCCACGAUCCCGGAAGUGCCUCCGCUUAGGGAAUGGUGCACUUGGGAUUUCUAG